AGAAAAGAAGGAAAAGCAAAGGAAAAAAAAAACAAAAUGAUUAAUAAGGAAAAGAGGAAAACGAUGGACAAAAAAAGAUAAAAAAGACAAAAACUGAAAAACAAACAAGACAAACAAAAAAUUUCGUAGGCCUGAAAGGAAAAGGCCUAGACAUGGCGUGGGCAGUCAGGUGGGGGGAGGGGGCCAGGCAGACACACCGCCCCCCCUUCACCUUCCCCCUCCUCCUCGCCAAUGUCUUCCUCCUCCUCCUCCUCUUCCUCCUCUUCAUCCCCUUCACGGCAGCCUCCUUCGAUUUCGUGGUGAGGCCGGAGUUCGGCGAGCGGCCUGGUGACCUCAACGUGACUACCUUCGCAGGCCAGACAGCUCACCUGCCCUGCACCGUGAAGCACCUGGCCGGGAAGAGGGUAUCGUGGAUAAGAGGGCGUGACCUGCAGGUAUUGUCAACUGGGCGGAUAACCUUCUCCACUGACGUCAGAAUCUCAGUGUUACCAGGCAGCAGUGGAAAGUUGAAGAGCAGAAGUGUUCGCAGUGUUCAUACCAGGGUGGAGGUGGAGGAGGUGGAGGUGGAGGGGCGAGGCACAGACGAGACGCCGCGAAGAGUGAAGGAGAUGCCACUUAACUCCUCCACUUCAUUCUCUUCUUCCUCCACUUCUGCCUCCUCCACCAGCAAUGAGGAGGAGGAUAAGAUGGAGGGAUGGAAGAGACAAGAGGAGGUAGUCAGGCAAUACUCCUCUUCUCCCUCAUUAUCUUCUGCUGCUACCUCCUCUUCCUACUCCUCCCGUGGCUACAGCAAGACACAGCCACACUCCCACAGAAACAAGGGCGGGCAGCACCAUUCUAACACCCACAACACACACACAAGAAGCAGCACCCUCCAAUCGCACCACACACACAAAAGCACAGUGCACAAACCACACUACAUGCACCACACACCCCACAAACACUCACAACACCACCACACACACACAAAGCGAAGCCAAAAUAGAGACAAAGACACCUCACCACCACCACUCCUGCCCCGCCUGGCCCGCCGCCGCCGCAGAACCCUGGAGUGGCCCUCUUGGACAACCGACUAUUUCUACUACCCGUUUCACCACGACGAGGACACCGUAUCGGGUCUCGGCGGCUCCCCUGCAUGGUUCCAUCGAGAGCUUGCAAGGUUUAACAGCGAGGGAUCGAGAAGCUAUACAGAUCACCAGACCCCUAUUGCCAUUUACCCUCAAGGACCCCUCACGCACGAUCCCCACGCCAAGGGACACGUGCCAGGGCCUAAUUACAUCGAGGGAGUGUGGGAACCUGAAGAUUACACGCUGCAGAUUAAAUAUACGGAGCCAGAGGAUGCCGGAACGUACAUCUGUCAGAUUAACACGGAGCCUCGCAUCACACAAGUGGUUCACCUCAGCGUUGUCAACAUGAGAGCAGAGAUCGUGGGGAGUCGAGAGCUGUACGUGAAGGCUGGAACUCCUGUCACGUUGGCCUGCAAGGUGAAUCACGGGACGCUAAUGCCAGGCUUCAUUCUCUGGUACAAAGGCGACCGAUUGGUGGAGUAUGACACAAGUGGAGGGCGUAUUAGCGUGUCCACAGAGCCUACGGGCGUGAGUCACCUGCUGCUCCGCCACGCUCGCCCAGGUGACUCUGCUAAUUACACCUGUUCACCCUCCGCUGGCGCCCCUGCCUCCCUCACACUCAACGUGAUUGUAGACGAGAGACAAGCCGCCAUGCAACAAGGGAACGCCGCCCCCCCUCCCCCAGCACCACACCACCACCUGCUGCCCCCUACACUGGCGAUGCUUUGGGGAGUUGGUGGGGACGUGACGCAAAGAAUGGGGAGUUUAGGGGUUCUAGUUAUGGUGGGGAAGGUGUUUCUCCCCACCCAUAUACCCCUCCCCCUCCUCUUCUUCCUCUUCCUCUUCCUCUUCCUCGUGUGGUGUAUCCUUCCUAGUUUUUGUCUUCAGAGGAAAGGAAGAAGAUUUAAGUAAUGUGUGUGUGUGUAUAUAUAUAUGUGUGUGUGUGUGUGUGUGUGUGUGUGUGUGUGAAGGAGGAGGAGGAGAGUAAUUGACACUGCGCAGGGAAUUAAAAGGCAGGAUAAUUAAAGGUAUGAAUUAAGGAAGGAAGGAAGGAAGGAAGGAAGACAGGUGUGUUUGUGUGCGUGUGUGUGCGCGCAUGUGGAGAAGGGACCACAAUAGAAUUAGCAAGACAGGUGAGGCUGAAGGAAACGUGAGAAGGAAAUGAAAAUGGAGUCAAGAGUAAGAAAAACUAAAAAAAGAAAAAAUGGUGUAAGAUUUCAAAAUGUGGUGAAAAGAAGUGACAGGAGAGUGACCGAAAAAAAAUGAAAAGAGGAAAGAAUGAGUGAAAAAAGAGAAGAAAACGAGUCGAAAUGUGUGUGAAGAGCGAUACAAAGAAAAAAGAAAGAUAAGAAAGGAAAGAAAAGAGAAAAAAAAAUUGCGAACGAAAGAUGUGGAAUGAAAAAAACGUAAGACAAAAAGGAGAAAUGAAAAGAUGUGUGAGAAAUAUGAAUGAUGAAAGAGACACGGAAAGGGAAAACCGAGAAAGAAAGAUCUGAAAGGGAAAGGAAAAACAAAUAGAUCUAUCACUGUCAGUCAAGGCAAUAAUAAAAAAUAAAUAAAUAAAGGAAGACCAAAAGAAAUGUGUCGGCAAAUAAAGAUGGGAGAUGUAAACAGAACAAAGGACAAGUCAGUAAACAUGAGAUACACGCAAAGAAAACGAAAAACAAACUAAAAUAAAGAAAAAGGGAAAGAAGAAGCGUGUCAAAUGUGUUACAAUGACACUUCAAAAAGCAAAGAGCAAAACAAGGAAAAGAAAAAGAAAAGUUUGUGUUGGAGAGAAAAGACGAAAGUGGAGAAAAAUAUAUGUACCAAAAAAGUUAAAGUUACGUUCGUUUGUGCAGGUAAGGCUACGAAAUUACAGGUGUGUCAAUAAAUAACAAAAAAAAAAAAAAACCGGAGUUAAUUAGGGCAGCGAGAUCCAAGGUGUAUCAAUAAACAGGUGUGAUGAGAUGGCCUAAAGGAAGAAGAAAAAAUACCAACGAAAUUACAGGUGUGUCAAUAGAUAACAAACAAGACCUGAGUUAAUUACAGCAGUGAAGUUCAAGGUGUAUUUUAGAACAGGUGUGCUGAGACGAUCUAAAGGAAGAAGAAAGAAUACCAGACUGUGAAAAUACGAAAAAUGUUGAACCUAAGUAUGCAUGAGAAAAUAUAACAACUAAAACAACUUACACGAAACAAGCUGCGUGUGUGUGUGUGUGUGUGUGUGUGUGUGUGUGUGUGUGUGUGUGUGUGUGUGUGUGUGUGUGUGUGUGUGUGUGUGUGUGUGUGUGUGUGUGAAAAUGCGUGGAAACUCGGUGAGAAACAAAGCAGGUGUUUGAAAAAGACGUAAAAACAACUUGCAUACUCAAGAAAUAUUUAGCUGAUAAGAGAAAAUGCAUGAAAAUUACUGAGAAAAACGGAUAGUCAUUACAAAAAGCAAGAAUAAUUUGUGAUAAAAACAACAAAAAGUUUGAGAAAAAAAAAUGUACAAAUUAACCAGAUACUGAUUAAAAAUGUGUGAAUGAAACUUGGUAACUACGAGUGUAUACAAAAUGUGUGUAUAUAUACUAUGUAUGUGGGCUGAGAGAGACACGUGUGGCAGGAUAAUAAAAAAAAAGUCUACAAAAUGACCUUGACAUUAGCAGAGGUGUAGCACAAGUGGCAGGUGUAGCAGGUGUGUUGAGGUGAGCCUGGCAAUACAGACAGGGUGCAGGAGUGUUGCGAGCAGCGAUACAGCAUUGGGGUGUCGCAGGGCAGCUGGAGAUAUAAUAUGGACUGGAAAUAAAAAAGUUUGCGAAAUGUCUGACUCGGUGGAAAAGUUGAGUAAAUGAACUGCCAAGGAGAGGAGAGACUCUGCAGCGACUCCAUGGCAAAGAAAAUAAUAUAAACUGGAGAGGAAUUAAAACUUGAGAACAUGUGCACAGGGAGGAGAAGACUUAUUACCGAUGCAGCAGACGAAACGUAAUGAAAAA